GCCCAGAGUCCUUGUUGCUUGGUCAUUUCGCCACCUGCUGGAUAGGAAGCCUUUGGAGGGAGGCACUGGCAUUCAGCAGCCUGGGCUUUUAAUGACCAUUACUUCUGACCCGAAGGCACUGGAGGGGAAGAGUAGCUUCUGAAUGUCCUCGAUACUCUUCUAACUGCCAGUUCUGAGUUCCCUCAGAUUGGGGCUCACUUCUGCUUUUGCAGAAAUUAUCUGCUUGGAGCCAUGCCUGAUUUAUAGCAAUCUCUGGCAAGACCUCAGACCAGAGAUAUGCUUUUGGCUUAGAGAGACACCGCAGGCAGCGGUAGGGCUCCGUGGAAAGGCUCCCUGGGGGGCAUGAGGCUCUGGGAGCCUCGAGUCGAGCUGGGGGACGGCCUCUUGGGGCUUUCUUCUCCGGAGGAGUGUGACGCAGUCAAAAGGGGGAGAAAAAAAAAAAGGCCAAGCAGCUGCUGAUGAAAUAGGAGAAGGCACACUUUGAAGCACGUGGGGCUGUUCCAGGGCACUCUGAGCUCACACACAGCCCAGGGGCACAUGGUCAUGGAGUGACCCUCGGCUCGGGUCUCCGCACCAGAGAAGGCAUGGCCGGGGAAGUCAGCCUGAACUCCCUCCAGGAGCUGGAACGUGAGGUCAUCCUCCAGGUCCUGUACCGAGACCAGGCGGUCCAGAACAUCGAGGAAGAGAGGAUCCGGAAACUGAAGACGCACUUGCAGCACCUCCGGUGGAAAGGAGCACAGGGCGUGAGCCAGGAGCACAGAGAGAAGUCAUGCGCCCGCUGUCAGAGCGAGCUGGGCUUUCUGCUGAACCGGGGGGCCGUGUGCAAGGGCUGCAGCCACCGCGUGUGCUCCGAGUGCCGAGUGUUCCUGAGGAAGACCAGCGCCUGGAAGUGCACCGUGUGCUUUGAGGACAGAAAUGUGAAAAUAAAAACUGGAGAAUGGUUCUUUGAGGAGCGAGCCAAGAAAUUUCCAACUGAAAGCAAACACGCGACAGCCGGAGCAAGGCUCUUACAAUCUUAUCAGGAGCUGAGCAAGAUUUCUGUGGUUCCUCCGACCCCACCUCCUCUGAGCGAAAGCCAGUGCAGUAGCAGCUCUCAGAGGUUACAGGAACUUGGUCAGUUUAAAGGAUUUAAUAAAUCCGUGGAAAAUUUGUUUCUGUCUGUUACCACCCACAUGAAAAAGCUUUCCAGGUCCCAGAAUGACAUGACCUCUGACAAGCAACUCCUGGCCACGGGUCCCAGGCAGUGUGCUAGCCGGACGGAGAGGAGGAGCCUGUCUGACACUGCCAUCAACGUCACCACCAGGAAGGCGAGCGCGCCGGAUAUUCUUAAACCUCUCAACCAAGAGAGUCCCAAACGCCUUCCUAAUCCUGUUCCGAAGCCCGAGAAUCUCUCAUCCAGGCCGACGCCCAGCGCUUUAUUCUCUGGAGGCCUGAGACAAGCAAGUCUAACUAGCAUUAACAGCGCUUGCACAGAGAUGGGCAAUUUUGACAAUGCUAGUGUCACUGGAGAAAUAGAGUUUGCUGUUCGCUAUUGCUUCAAAACCUGUUCUUUAGAAAUAUGCAUCAAGGCUUGUAAGAAUCUUGCCUAUGGAGAGGAAAAGAAGAAAAAGUGCAAUCCGUACGUCAAGACCUAUCUGCUGCCCGACAGAUCCUCCCAGGGAAAGCGCAAGACUGGAGUCCAGAAGAACACGGUGGACCCAACCUUCCAGGAGACCUUGAAGUACCAGGUGGAGCCCUGGCAGCUGGGGACCCGGAGGUUGCAGGUCUCUGUGUGGCACUUGGGCACGCUCGCCCGGAGGGUGUUUCUUGGAGAGGUGACCAUCCCUCUGGCCACAUGGCACUUCAAAGACAGCGCAACACAGUGUUUCUGCUGGUAUCCACUGAGGGCCAAGGCAGAGAAACUUGAAGAGAGCUUUCUUUCCAAUAAUGGAGAACUUGCAGUCCGGGCCAAACUGGUCUUCCCUACAGGGCCCAGAAAGCUCCAGGAGACCCAAGAAGGGACAGAUGGGCCAUCCCCUAAUGGCCAGCUUUGUUUGGUCGUGCUGGGAGCCAAAAAUUUGCCGGUGCGGUCAGAUGGCACCCUAAACUCAUUUGUUAAGGGCUGUCUCACUCUGCCAGACCAACAGAAACUGCACCUGAAGUCCCCAGUCGCGAAGAAGCAAGCUUGUCCCCAGUGGAAGCACUCCUUCGUGUUCAAUGGCGUGAGCCCUUCCCAGCUGAGACAGUCCAGCCUGGAAUUAACUGUCUGGGACCAGGCCAUCUUUGGUGUGAACGACCGCUUGCUGGGAGAAGCCAGGCUCAGUUCUGAGGAAGACGUAGCCGGUGAGGACUCAUGCUCAGAGUCAGCGCAUCAGUGGCAGAAAGUUCUGGAAAGCCCCAAUCUGUGGACAGACAUGACACUCACCCUGCACUGAAGCCAGGGUUCCAGUCUGCGGUGAGAAGCUCAAGUGCCACACGCCUGAAGGUUAGCUGAGGACAUGGGCCUGGACACUUGCCACCUGCAGCUCCGUCACGGAGCCCAGACGUUCUUCCACGUCCCUCUGUAUUGACACCAAACAGAGCACUUGUUCUAUAAA